AUGAAAUAAUUUAAGAAAAAUGUAGAAUUAGGAAGAAAUUUAUAAGAUUUAUUAAUCGUAAUAGAAUAUACCUCCAGCAAACCAGCUAAAGAGUUGUUCACAAGAGUUAAUAAAAAUAUAAUUAUAGCAUAUAAGAAUGUUAAAUUUUUAAAUUAUAAGGAUAUAUAAUACAGAUUAAAUUUAGAUGAAACCAAUUCAAUCAUAUGUUGUGGAAUGACUAAUAAAAAGAGGAUAUUUUUUUUGCAUAAAGAUACUUUACGUAUAUCUGGAUAUUAAAAUUAUUAAACAGUAAACUGUAUUAUCAAAUCUGAAUAUUAUAAUCCACAGAAGAUUGAUUUUACAACUCAAUAUGUCAAAUAAACAGAUAUGCCGAAUGAAAUCUCAAGUUUGGCUCCUCAAAUUGUGAUUCAGAUUUAAAUUAAGGCCAAUCUCGAGAGGCAAUAACUGGGAAGUAUUUUAAAAUAUGAAAUUGUGAAGGAAAAAAUGUAUUAGUGUUUCUGA